GCUGGGCGGGGKCGCGCCAUCUUGUUCCUGUGCGAGGCGGCGGGGCCCGGCAGCGAUCUCGCUGCGGGAGCGUCAGGGGCAGUGCCCGCCGCCACCGCGGGGCGCGGCAUGGAUGCCCACUACUACGGCGGGGAGCAGUCAGAUGAUGGAGGAGCUACUCCAGUGCAAGACGAGCGAGACUCAGGAUCUGAUGUGGAAGAUGAAGGAAACGAGCAGCAUUCUGGAUCGGACAAUGGAAGUGUAGGGCACCAUUCGGAGAAUGAACAGAGUGAUGGAGAAGAUGAUGGGCAAGUGGGACAGGCUCAUACGACAGACUCUGAAAAUGAAGAUAUCCCAAGGCAAAAAGACAGUGACUCAGAUAAUGAGGAUCCCCCAAAUCACAAUGUAAGUGAUUCAGAAAAUGAAGCAACUCAUGGAGGGAAAGACAGUGAUUCUGAUACUGAGGACCAUCCAAACCAGCAUUUAACUGACUCUGAAAAUGAGGAGGCCUUAAAUCAUCGAGCGAGUGACUCUGACAAUGGAGAACCUUCCAGGGAUCACAGCAGUGAUUUUGAAAAUGAGGAAUCACACAAGCARCCAGCCAGUGACUCYGAGAGCGAGGAGCUCCAGAAGCAGCCAGCCAGUGAUUCUGAGAGYGAGGAGCUCCAGAAGCAGCCAGCCACUGACUCAGAGAGUGAGGAUGUCUCCAGACACAAGCAGAUAGAGUCUGAGGAUAGCGAUGGGGACGACAGGAAGGAAGAGGUGCAGAAUGACUCUCAUCAUUCAGAUAAUGAACAUGUAAGGGAAGGAUUUCAGGGCUCUGACAGUGAAGAUGAAGCUCCCAAGGGACGUAAAGUAUCAGAUAGUGAUGAAGACGAGAAAGAGGGAGAGAAGACGGUGAAGAGGAAAACAGCCAUCCUUUCUGACAGUGAGGAUGACAGUGAGAAAACACCUGCAAAAAAGGUACGAGUCCUUUCUGAUGCUGAAGAAUCGGAUAGCGACGCUGUUUCGGAGAAAUCUGACAAAAGGAAGAAAAACAUUGUAUCUGAUAGUGAGGAGGAAGAAGAGGGAAAAGAGAAUGCUGGGAAGAAAAAAGAGAAAGAUCUGUUUGGCAGUGACAGUGAAUCUGGAAAUGAACAAGAGAACCUGAUUGCAGAUAUAUUUGGAGAAUCUGGUGAUGAGGAAGAGGAGGAAUUUACGGGUUUUAACCAGGAGGAUUUGGAAGAAGAGAAGGGUGAUGGAGACAUGAAGGAGACAGCAGAUGAAUCGGACUCAGAUGAUAACAUCAAAAGAGGGAAGCACAUGGACUUYAUGUCAGAUUUCGACAUGAUGCUUCAGCGGAAGAAGAGCAUGAGUGGCAAGCGUAGGCGGAACCGUGAUGGGGGAACUUUUAUCAGUGAUGCAGAUGAYGUGGUCAGUGCCAUGAUUGUGAAGAUGAAUGAAGCUGCUGAGGAGGAUCGUCAGCUGAAUACACAAAAGAAACCAGCACUGAAGAAAUUAACUUUGCUACCAACUGUAGUUAUGCAUCUUAAAAAGCAGGAUCUCAAAGAAACUUUCAUCGAUAGUGGUGUUAUGUCUGCCAUCAAAGAGUGGCUUUCUCCUCUUCCAGACCGAAGUCUGCCAGCACUUAAGAUAAGGGAGGAGCUUCUGAAGAUCCUGCAAGAGCUGCCCAGUGUGAGCCAAGAGACCCUAAAGCACAGUGGCAUUGGACGGGCUGUGAUGUAUCUGUACAAACACCCCAAGGAGUCGAGACCAAACAAGGACAUGGCUGGGAAGCUGAUCAAUGAAUGGUCUCGACCCAUCUUUGGCCUUACCUCAAACUACAAAGGCAUGACCAGGGAAGAGAGGGAACAGAGAGAUUUGGAACAGAUGCCUCAUCGAAGAAAAUUGAGCAGCUCUGGUGGUCAGACUCCCCGCAGGGAUCUGGAGAAGGUGUUAACAGGAGAGGAAAAGGCUCUCAGGCCCGGGGACCCUGGGUUCUGUGCCCGUGCGAGGGUGCCAAUGCCCUCCAACAAGGACUAUGUGGUCAGGCCCAAGUGGAACGUGGAGAUGGAGUCCUCCAGGUUCCAGGGGACUUCUAAGAAAGGGGUGAGUCGACUGGACAAACAGAUGCGGAAAUUCACAGAUAUCAGGAAAAAAAGCAGAUCGGCCCAUGCAGUGAAAAUCAGCAUUGAGGGCAAUAAGAUGCCAUUGUGACCCUUCACAGAAUGCCCCAUGAGCUCUGCUGUAAGAUAAUACACCCAUAGACUCUUUAUAGAUCUUUACAUUUUUUUAACUUGUUUGGGGUGGGUUUGGUWUUUUGGUUUGUUUUUUAAGUGAAUCCUUAAAUUGUUGGUUCAGAUUCUGGUAGAUGUUGUCAGAGGACUGUGAAUAUGGGGACUCCUUUCUCCUGAUUGUAUUUAAACUGGCCCUGUUGUGUCCUUUGUACAGAUCAUGUAUUUGUUGUAUUGCAAUAUUUUAAAAAAAUAAAACAUCUCUUUUUUGGGGGGGAGGGGACUGCCUGUUCAUUAUUCAGAAGAUGGUAUGUACAGGCCACCUGGGAUGUGGAAAAAAUGAGGAAUUAAUUUUUUGUUCACCUUUGCCCAUUUUCUCUUUAUUMAUUGCUUUAUUAAUCGUUACAUCAUUGGAGAUCUGCAUCUAUUGCUUUCGAUUUAGAAAUAUUGACCAUCUUCCAUGCAAAGAAUUUUCUUUUCAUGAAGAUGAUUGUAAAGUUCAGGAGAAAACCAGCAGACUGACCACUAAAAAUUGCAGCAGAUUCCAGCUAAAAUGUUGCUGUAGUUUACCAGUGACUUUGCAAAACUUUAUUUUACCAGUGGGAAGGAGAAUGUUCCUCUGUUGGGGGCAUAAUGCAGUUUCUUUGUUUCUGCUGCUACAGAACCACAGCAGAGUAACUUUGUGGUGUUGUGGCUUUUUGCCUCUACCUCUCAAAAUGGUUGUCUCUGCUGAGGCUCUGUUGCCUCCAAGAAGAGGACUCUUCUUGCAUAGGUAAUUGGCAGUUGGCAUUUUUUCACUAAGAAAAAUCACCUUUGUGCCAAAGGAGCAGAGCCUGUUGGCUGUAAUGAGUAGUCUGUAAUUCUGGGGAUCCUGGUGUUGGCUGAGUUACUGCUGGUACCAGACAYGGAGAGAUUGCAAGUGGAUGGAGGGUCACACGUUAAAUUUGCCCUUGUGAGAUUGAAGGGAGUGACAGUAACAUAGAGCUAAGUGCUGGGACAGCAGCUUGAAGUGAGAACUGAAGGAGGGCACCUGUACUGCUGGGUCACUAAAGACUGCUGCUUCUGCUUUCUCCGGGUAUGUGUACGAUUGUAAUGUAGUAAACACUCCAGGUGCAUGUUUUUAGCAGGCUGAAUCCAUUGAGGGUUUACUUGGUUUGGUGUUUUUUUGGGGGUUUUUAUUUUUUGUUUGGUUUUCGUUUUGUGUGUGUUACUGUGAUGGUUUGGGUUUUUUUCCCUUUUUUUGUGUUCUUUUCUUCUUUGGUUUGGUUUGGUUUUUUUUCAUUUUAAUUAAGAAUUUUGAAAGCCAGGACAUUUACCACCAUUGUGGCAGAUGCAACUCUGAAAAGUAAAUUAACUGUGUAGAGCUGUUCAGAGCCAGAGUCUGUGUGGCCUGGAAGAUUCAGGCGUUAGAGUGGAUUGUUUUUUCAUCCCCAACUUUUUUUCUAUUUCUGAUGAUACAGUCUGGUCCUGCAAUUAUAGGGGGUACUGGGGCUACUUCUAAGAGACAUUUCCCUGAAGUACUGAAUCUGAUGGUUUUGUGCAAGGCCCAAUAAAAAUUCUUCCAGUCAAAAUUAAUUGUAAUAGCUCAGCACUACUUGUUCUCUGAUGAAAACAAAGGUGCUGUUGUGGUAUGGUAAGAAUGGACUUUCACAAGAGCUGAGGGUCUGUAAUUGWAACUUCAUAGUAAAUCCUAAGAAAGGGUCACAAUCAAAACUACUUAGGGCAUGAAACACAAAGAUCAGCUAUGAAGAAUUCUACCACACAAUCCUUUUAC